AUGAUCGCUGCAUGGGCCGUGCCUUUCAUCCUCCUGUGCUUACCUGCGGCAGAGCGGCAGUCCCAACGCAGAGGUAUCCUAAGCACGGAUCCACUCAAGGAGGAUGAGGCGCAUAGCAACCUGGAGCAUGCGGUGCAGGAGCCGGACGAGACCAAUCUAACUUGUCCAGAUGUACGCUAUGUGCUGGAAACCCUCGGACUUCCAUCUUGGGAAAUGCAAAGACAUGAUCAACGCAACUGGACCGGUGUCGUCUGGGCCCAUCAGUUCCCAGCGAGUUCGAAUUACGACGUUUACGACAUGUUCGCUCCCGACCAAUGCGAUGUAGCAGAGCUUCACCUUCAGAACUCCCCUCUUAGAGGACAUCUGUCGUCGAGGCUGGCGAAGGUCCCCAAUUUCAGAACACUUAAGCAUCUUGUGCUCGGCAACACUGGUGUGACCGGGAACAUUGGGUUCCUUGCUGAGUUGAAGCAUCUGCAAGUUAUAGACCUCUCAAGCACCGCAGUGGAGGGCGAUAUUGGCUUUCUGUCGCACCUGCCUCAAUUGUCGGUGUUGGAUCUAUCUCGCACGGGCGUCUAUGGCAAGAUCAGCGAUUUGAGAAGCUUGUAUUCCUUGCGAUCGCUGAGACUGGCUAGAACAGACGUCGGUGGAGAUUUGGGGCAUGCCCUCCUCCGUGGUGCAGGCCUCUUUUUUCUGGACCUUUCGCGCACGGCGGUGUAUGGGGAUCUUGCGAAGCUGCCAGAGCUAUCGAAAGAGUUGCGCAAGAUCCAUCUGUCGAAGACCGGGAUCAGUGGUGACAUUGAUGAGCUGCUGGAUCUGAAGGAGCUCCGUGUGGCCGACCUUUCCCACACCAAGGUUUUUGGCAAUCCAAGCGCAACCUGGUCCUUCAAGCUGCAGAACUUGCACUCCUUAUCCUUGGCCGGCACACAAGUCCGUUUCAUCGACCCGCACCUCUACACGCGACGGCCUGCCUAUUUCUUGAUACGCAUCCAGGAGCUGGAUGUCACUGGGUGCCCUUUGAAUGGGCGAAUUGAAUACAUUCUGGAGCUGCUUCGGGACUCGGUGCACCUUGCCCGCCUUCGCGUCGCACGCACCAACCUUACUGGCAAGGUUGAUGACGGGGGGGACAGUCGCCUGUCGACUUCCUUGCUUCUUCUCGACGCCACGGACAACAACAUUACGCAUCUCGCCGGCUUCCCUGGGAGGUCGAUUGUGCAGGUGUCGUUGUCGAAGAACCAUCGCCUGGACGUGACAAAGGACGCUCUGGUGCAUAGUCUCCAGCAAGAGAUUCAGCUGGACUUGCGAGGGACCCUGCUCGCAAACGUCUCGGUGGUGCAAGAGCUUUUUGCGGAGGGCUAUCUUUCUCGGACUCAUGAGGCAGUCGCUAUAAACAGCACUGCCGGCUACUACUGUUACGGCAUCACAUCGGAAACGCUUCGCAUCACACCGGAGCUCUUCUUCCCGGCCCAGCUCUGCGCUUGCCUUCCUGGCUAUAAAGGAUCCGGUACGAACUGUGUCCCGUGUGAAGCGAACACCUACAACGACAUGAACAACCAGUCCGACUGCAUGUCCUGCCCCAGGCACUCGGAGACUUUGCGGGCCGGGGCCAGCGCACUAAGACAGUGCCUCUGUAUCUUUGGCAGGAUUGCACCGGACAUGUCCAGUUGUGCCUGCGAAAGUGGUUCUGCGUGGAACGAGGGCGAUCUCGGCGACAGCGAGUGCUUGAAGUGCGAAGACUUCAAGCUGGACUGCGAAAAGCCCGGGCACACGAUGUUGUCGGCACCGCCGGAAGUCGGCUAUGCUCGGGUGAAGGAGGCGGCUCCUAGGGCUUUCAGGUGUGGUGAGCCUGCAGAGCAGCGCUGCAAUCAUAGCAACGCAUCUGACCCCAUGGGCUGCGCUGCCGGCUAUUCUGGGCCGCUGUGCACCACCUGCGGUGAUGGAUAUCGAAGAAAGCACAAUCUGUGCACCAAGUGCGCUGAUGCUGACGGGAUAAAGCAAUCGAGGCUACGUAUAGCAGCUGGCAUGCUCGUGCUAGCCGCGGCGGGGGCGGCGACUGUUGGCGGCGUCGUUUAUUGGCGGAGGACCUCUUCUACGCGCCAUUCGGGAGGAAUCAUCGAGGCGCUUCGGCCACUCGUGCGGGUCCAGAUGUCCGUGCUGCUUCAGUUCGGACAGCUCUGGGGCGUGUUGGCGGCUCUUUCAGCAAACGGCGAGCUCUGGGAGGAGGAGUAUGUCCAGUGGUUGCAGUUGACAACUAGCAGCCUUCAAGAUGCGUUUUCCCUGGAGUGCUCCUACGGGGCAGAUGCGCGAUUUUACACUGCUCUGGCGGGGCCUUUGGUUCCCCUCGUGUUGCUUCUCCUGUGCGCACUGCUGGAGACUGUGUCCAGGAGCAUGGGUGUGCGGAUGGCAUUGCGACUGCUCCCUUUCCUCUUCAUCGGUGGUGCGUCCAGCUGUGCUCGUCUACUGAGCUGCCAGCACUACGAUGCAGGCGACCAAGCUCUUGGGGAAGAUGCAUUCCUCACGCUACUGCCGCAUCUCACAUGCCGAGAUGGUGGAUGGCAAGCCACUGUGGCAGGGAGUGUUGGAUGGAUAUCGAUUGUCGGCUACGUCAUCAUUAUUCCGGGCUUCUUGUUGUACCUGAUGAGCAAGCAGAAGAGCGCGAUUGUACCAAGCAAGCGGUCAAUGGCGACUGCAGAGCUGGGACAAGACAUGGCAGUUGUGAGACUGCACGCAUUCCAGGCGCACGACGACGGCACUGAACCAGACUCCCUCGAGAAGGAGCCAAGACUGAAGCACUUGCUAGCUGCGGCAGUGGCACACAGUGCCGUUUACUUCAGAGGGACCGUGUCGCUUCAACUACACGAGAAUCAGAUGAUGCAGGUGCGGCUUCUCGAUCCCGCAGAGAGCCAGGACGUGGAGAAUGCAAGCAGCACCGCUUCAAUUAUCCUUCGAGACAAGGAGCACACAGACCAGCGCCGAUGGAUCAAAAUCACGAGGAUGCUCACCGAGCGCUGCGUCUUCCAAGAUGCAGAGAAACGGGAUCGAAUUCUGGCAGGAGCCGACCGGCUAUUCUGCAAGUAUGUGCUCUUUGAGCUCGUUUGGUUCGAGGUGGUCCUGAAGCUAGUCUCGGCGGCUUUUGUCUCG